CUGAACAGCAGCGUGUUGGGGUGUGAUUCCUCUGGCCUUCUCUCCAGUCUCCUGCUAUGGCUGAUACUAUCUUUGGUAAUGGCAGCGAUCAGUGGGUGUGUCCCAAUGACCGGCAGCUGGCACUGAGAGCCAAGCUCCAGACUGGCUGGUCGGUGCACACAAACCAGACUGACAAGCAGAGGAAAACGCAGGGGCUGAACCCGAAGGAGCUGGAGGUCAUCCUGGAGGUCAUCCGCAGGGCGGAGAAGCUGGACCUUGUUGAGCAGCAGCGAAUCGGGCGCCUGGUGGAGCGGCUGGAAAACAUGCGGAAGAACGUGAUGGGGAAUGGGCUGUCUCAGUGCUUACUCUGUGGCGAGCUGUUGGGGCUGCUGGGGACCACAUCGGUCUUCUGUCAGGACUGCAAAAAGAAAGUCUGCACCAAAUGCGGAAUUGAAAGUCUCGGGACCCAGAAACGCCCUCUCUGGCUGUGCAAAAUCUGCAGUGAACAAAGGGAGGUUUGGAAGAGGUCCGGCGCAUGGUUCUACAAAGGGCUGCCUAAGUACAUCAUGCCUUUGAAAACCACCAAAACCAAUGAGCUGCGUCUGCGGCCUCGACAAGCCGAGCCAGAUGUGCAAGAAGUGAAGGGUGUUGGGACAAACCGCUCCUACACCUGGGCCAGAGGGAGAG